AUGGCACUGUGUAUAGGAAGAGAGCUGCUCAGUGACGCCGUGUUCCAGCAGUCGCGGCCAGGUCGGCGCCGCAGACGUGUGGGGGCCGCUGCCGCUGCUGCGCCGCCUUGUGCCCCCCUGGCCCCCCAGCUGUCCGGCGCGGCCCCCCAGCUGCUGGACACCGCCGACAAGUUCGCCCUGCCGGGGCUCGAGGCUGACAGCGAGCAGCAGGUGGCGAUGCGAAGCCAGCCCGAGGACUUGCUCCGAGCGAUUCGGCUGCUGUCUCAUCGGCCAGACAAGACCAGAACUCCAGCCACAGGAGACAGCAGGUCCAGCGGGCGCAGGUGCACCCCCGUGGCAGCCGCGCCGCCACUGGCUGCCUGCCCCACUCCAGCACCUGGGGACGCUGCCGUCUCUCGCAUGAGGAGACUUUCUGCAAGUGAGAAGGGCAGGAGGCUGCUGGAAGCAGCUAAGCAGUCGCGGCUGUCAGAAAUACGGGUACUGCUGGCUGCCGGUGUGGACGUGGGGGAGACGGACGGCGACGGUUUGACCGCCCUGCACUGGGCGGCAAGGAACGGACAGGUGGAGGUGGCCGAGUGCCUGCUGGCAGCAGGGGCAAACGUCGACGCGGCGGACCAGUCCAUGUGGACCACCCUGUACUGGGCAGCGAAACAGGGGCAGCUGGAGGUGGCCAAGAUUUUGCUUCCCUCAGGGGCCGACCUGGAGGCGAGGGACGAGUGGCAGAACACGGCCGUCUUCCUGGCCGCCAUGACGGGACACGCGGCCGUCCUGCGGCUGCUGGUGCCGUCCUGCACCGACGCCAGCGCUAGCGCCAGGGAGCAGUACGGCGCGACUCCGCUGCCCUGGGCGGCGUACAACGGCCGCGCAGGGGCCGUGGCCGCGUUACUGGAAUUGGGCGCCGACGUGAGGGCCACGAACAGAUCUGGGCGCACCCCGCGCGACGAGGCCAGCGGGUGGAGCGACCGGCAGCUGAUAGACGUGCUCAGCUGA